GAGGCGACGAGUAUGAUUGCGCAAAACCAAACAAUUCAUGGACGCGCGUCACCUCCACAGCGCGAGUGGAUACUCGCCAACUCUCGUCUCUUUUUAUUUUUUUUUUAUUUUUUUUCCUCGCUUUGAUCUCGUCCCGAAGUGAGUAAGUUCGGGCGAGAUGUGCCUCAUCCCAGUGCUGAUCCGGUUUGUGUCUCGUAAAAAGUACGUCGUCUGUAAUGUUGGAGAAGUGCUGCUUGGAUGUACUCGCGCGACAUAACCUGCUGCAUCGUACUAUGAAGAUUUACAUAUAUUUAUGCAGUUUGUAACGAAUUCGUACAUUUCGUUAAUUUAAUGCAUAAUGUGGUUAUUACCAGAGUUUUAGAGAAGAUAGGCUUUUGUAGCUUUACAAAACAGUGCCUUGAUGCUUGCCUUUGUUGAAAGAACAAAGUACAAAUUUUUUAAUGAAAAUACUCGUGCAUGAAGAUAAUGUCUUGCUUCGUAUGUAAUUUUAUUUACAUAUGCAUGGACCAUAGGGUAUUUUAUAAACAAGAAGUAACUAUAAUGAGCUUAGGUAGAUAAGGACAGCUUUAUUAUUUUAAUCAAAAGAAGGAACAAGGAAAGUGAUACCUCACGCCAAGAAUAUGGUGAUGGCAGGUACAGAGGGCGUGUCUGGGCCAACAACGGACGAGACUCUGUCUAGCAGGCUACAGUGGUUACGUCAACGUCGUGAGGCAUUACAAGACAAACUUGCCCAAAAAAACAAUGAACUAAAGACUCUUUGCAUUGAAGAAGCAGAAUUGACUGGUGUUCUGCCUCCUGAGAUCCCAUUGGAACCCGGUGAAAGCCCACCUAAUUUUCGGAAAAGAGUUAGCACAAGUUUUAAUUAUCCUCAAAAUCUCAUCAAUAAACUCAAAACUAAUGGAGCUCAGGAGGAAUCUGCAUUGGAAUUGGAAAGACAAGUGCAAAUCAACAAAGCAGAAUCUGCUCUUGCUAUUUUGAAUGAUGCUAAUGAAAGUAAAGCUGUGAGGCGCAAGAAUCGUUCCAUAUACCAACAAAGUCAACGCAGGCUGCAAGAGCUCAAUGCUCAACUCAAUUUUAUUAGGCAAAGUCAUGGAGGUGCUCCAAGGCAAUCUGCACAUAUUCCCCUUCAUAGCUCACAGCCACACCUUCAGACAACUACAAAACAUAGAACCAAAAAACCCAGACCUCCACUGGAUACUUCAGGAAAAGACCUGAGUCCAAAGGUAGAAUCUCGCAAUUUUCUUCAAGAAGGUGGCAUAAGCUUGAGUCCUCUUGGCCCAGAGCACAACUACAACUCCUAUGCAGGAUACGAGUUUCAGGAUCUCUCACCCCAUGGCUACCCUCAGCCUGGCUCCAGUAACAGUUUAAACCAAAACCGCGCUACCUACCAUGCACCCAGUCCAGUAGAUCACCGUCGUAGUAGCAAUCCUGGGCACGAUAUUAACGUCAAUAACAAUGUAUAUGUGCCACCCGACAACUUUCGUAGUCGUGCCUACUCUCAAGGUGGCAAUAGCAACAGCAGCGUCAGUCCUCAUCACGUUCCAGAUCGAAUGAACCGACCGGUACCUAAUACCUACACGGAGGAGGAGAGGCAGAUGCACUAUAGGCAGCUAAAACUAAAGAAGCAAGAGGCUGAAGAAAUCUUGAGAAGUCAGCAGUAUGCCCAGGACCCGAGGUAUCCGAGUAACGAAAUGAUGCACAGAAGAUCUGCGCAGAUCGCUUACCAUGAAACGGAUUUCAACGCUCCGCGAUACGAUACUCAAAUGGGCGACUAUCCUGCCCAUUACCAUCACAAUAAGGCACCGCAACCCUUACCAAUUUUACGGCAAAGAGACAUUGUGGAUAAUGCGAUGAUCAGUCCAGAACACAAAGGUGGCAAAGCGGCAAUCGAUGCCUACAUCCCUCCAGGUCACUGGAUGCGUCUGGACGAUGAGAUAGUCUGGUGCUCCGAAGAUCAGAUGAACGAUAGGUUUGGAAGUCUUGAUCGACGAAAGCAAAACAUCGUUCACCAUCCGCCUAAUUCCGAGACGCAAUCGAGGUAUCACACGGUUGCACUUGGUGGCAAGAAUAACGUAGCCAUGUCACAUUCAAGGCCAUAUCCGCUACAGCCUCAGGUUCAGAGUCCAGAUACCAUCAAGUCCAACAACAAUCGUAUCCUUCUGCGCACUCAAUCCUUAGGCAGCGUGGAAACUUGGCAACCGGGAGCAUCUUCCCACGAUGGCUCGUCUAUCGAGGGCCGCGAGUCUGCUGAUGGCGGCAGUAGCAGCCGCAACAGCGGCGUUCACCCUUCGUCCAAACCGAGGGAAAAAGAGUGGUAUGAAACAUCCCUUGAUCCGGCUCCUUCGCAGCCUAGUUCUCAGCAACAGCAAAGAGCUAUCAGAAGAACUCACCACACUCCAACCAUCAUGGGACCGCCGUUGAAAGAUCGAGCGCCACCGGUACGCAGUAAUUCUAUUCCGUCAAAUAGGAGGGUGAGAGAGCAGCAUCAAGCACAACACCAACAUCAAAUGUCACCGCCACCACCACCUCCGCCAAUGUCCCAACAGCAACAACAGCAAACGCAGGUGGAGGAAAUCCAACGACAGAUGCAGGCUCAACGACCUCCAAUUCCCCAAAGUCGCUUCGUCGAAAACCGCGCACUUGAGAUCCCUGCGGAGUCUAAACCUUCACCCGGAUCUCAAGAAAAUGGAAACGAAACCAUAAUUCCGUUAAAUUCACCUACAAGUCACACGGUCGUCCAACCAGGGAAGUAUCAGCCGUAUAGGGAAGUGACGAAGCCUUUUGAAAUGUCGGACUUUUACAAGUAUUCAACGAAGUUCCGUAAAAGGGUGGAAGCCAACGCCACGAAUGAUCAGCAGCAACAGCAGCAAUUACAACAGCCUCCAGCCAACCUAAAUACUCAAAACGAUCAAAACCAGUCAAACAACUCGAUUCAAAGAAUGCCUCAACCAGUGCAACGAAAUACUUGUCCGCCUUAUACCUUGAGAUAAUAGCUAUUCUUGUCUUCAUAGAUUAAAUGAGUAAUUUUAAUAGAACGAGUGACUAUCAAUUAUUGUGAAAAUUCUAUUUUCAUAUCUGAAUAAUGUAUUUAAUAUUUUAUUAAAGCGAAAUACGAGCUAUUAUAUUUUAAGCUAAAAAUAUAGGAAAACAGUGUAAAUUUAUAUUUAGUAAAUAGAAGUUCGCUUUGUAAGUAUAAGGCUGAGCUAUUAUAAGAAAGCCACUUUUAUCAAAUGAUUGAUAGUCACCUUCUGACGAAAUGAAGCGAACAAUUACUUUUUUUAAAUGAGAAUACUUUUACUAUUACGACCAUUUUUCAUAUGUUUUUAACUAACACAUCACUGCCACAAUUAUAUAGAUAGUAUUAGAGAACCGACUGAAUGAAAAUGUGGCCUUAACUUUCAUCGAUAUAUUAACAGAAUAUUCUACGAUGAUUUCACGAUUUUAAGUACCUUGAUAGGAUAUUAAAAUGUAUAUUAUACAUGUAUAAAAUGUAACGGCACCGUUAAGAGCCAAAGAUUCAUCAAGCAAAGUGUAUGCAUUCGUUAAAAUUUUUUGAUAUUUAUUUGAUCUCUAAAAAUAACUUCUGAGAAGAGAGCUACUACAGUUAAGAUGUACUGUUGCUUAACAAUAGGGCUCAAUGUAUCUUUCUUUUGACUAUCAAUUUGUAUUGUUAGUGCCUUAUUAGAAGUUAAAAAUUUAUGAAUGCGCCGUUUGAUCUUUUCAUAGAAAGCGCCGAAGAGUAUUAUGAUAAAAAUUUAUCUCGGUUCGUGGAGCAUACGAACUACUUUAUUACUUCCAAUAACAAAAAUAUAUUAUCGUAAGAAACGAA